GAGAUUUAAGCUACACCUAUGCCUAGAUCCGGAAGGGACCCGAGUCACAAUGCGAAGUCGUUAGUUUGGGACUAUUGCAUGCACGUUACUCUUAAGGCAACAACAUGGCUCGGGUAGAUAGGAACUUGGCGAAGGAUUUUAUCGGUUACAUCGAGCAAGGUCCACUUCUGAAGGUAAGACGGUGGUACAUUUCGUCACUGUCAGAAGAUAUCGGGCCGGAAUGGGGCUCGGUGAUGGCAUGUCCGACUGUAUAAUACGGCAUUCCGCUCGCCCAACUACACGAGAUUCGGGUAACGGACGGCACAUAUCGACAAUAGAGGGUUAUACGCUUCAUCGUUCUAAUUGGGAUCGGCUAACAUGAUGCCCACCGCCAAUAUCUUCUUCUUCGGCGAUCAAUCCGUGGAGCCGUAUGAUUCCCUGAUCGACCUUAUACACGAGAUACCAAAUUCGGAUCUGCUUGGUACUUUUCUGCGUUCCUGCUUUGAUGCGCUCCAGGCUUCUGGUACCUGCCUACCUCUCGAACAUAGGUGCCUUUUUCAAGGGCGAGAUUUCGCCCAGCUGGUUGAUCAUGUCCAAGCACUUGGGGUUCGUGAUGCUGCAAUAGCCUCUGUGUUAAGCUGCGUAGCUCAGCUGGGGUGGCUAUUAAUACAUCGUGAACAUAAUAGGGGGAUUUGGUUACAGGCAGAACACACAGCGGUUGGCAUCUGUACUGGUGGCUUGGCCGCUCUGGUCGCCGUCACAGCGUUAUCAACCGGCGAUGUUCUCCACCUAGGUCCCGUAAUGGUAGCAAUCUCCCUCCGGUUAGGCUUCGAAGUGUCACGGCGCAGUUAUGCGUUAGAUGCCUCCCCUGGAUCAUGGUCUGUAGGAGUAUCCGGGGUUUCUCUAAAGACCGUUGAGCACGAACUGCGUCAGUUUCAUGGUUCUCGGCUUCUUCCAGAUGUAAAACAUAUCUAUGUCAGUGCGCAUUCAGCUUCAUCCGUUACCCUGAGUGGGCCGCCGACCUUGCUUAGAGAAUUCAUUUCAUCUGAAGCCCUUCGCAGUUCCCGUAGGCUUACUUUGCCAAUAUACGGGGCCUACCAUGCCAAGCAUCUUUCUCUGCCGGAUUUGGAUUACAUAAUGGGUGAUUCGCCGCUUCUUGAACGGCCUGUCGCAUGUGGUGGUUUGUUACUUCGCGCGAGGAUUGCUCAGACCCAAUCUUUUCGAGAGUUGUUGCGCCUAACUCUUCAAGAUAUUCUACAGCAGCCUAUAGAUAUUGAUGAACAGAUUCAAGAUAUCUCUCACCGCGUCGCUACCUUAAACGUUGACCUGACAUCAAUAGGACCGGCUCGUAUGAGCAGCCUCGAGCGGGCGUUGAAGCCAAAUACUGUCUGUCGGUUUGGAUCCCGUCAACUGCAAUCAGAUCAAAUUAAUCCUCAUCCUCUCAAUACCAGUGAGUCAAUCGCCGUGGUAGGUAUGGCUGGCAGGUUCCCUGGGGCGGAGGAUGUGGAUGAGCUGUGGAAAGCCUUGAUAGGGGGCAAAGAUCAACAUCGGCUUAUACCAAUCGAACGUUUCGAUAUUAAGUCUCAUGUCGAUCACACAGGUAAAACUAACAAUACUAGUUUAACACCCUACGGGUGUUUCUACGACGGUGUAGGCAAUUUUGACAUUGCGCUGUUCAAAAUGUCACCUCGAGAGGCGGCCCAGACAGAUCCUAUGCAGCGGCUUAUGCUGUUAACUGCUUACGAAGCGCUGGAAGCCGCUGGAUAUUAUGACACCGGUGAUUUAAGCUCCCGUCCAAAGAAUGGCACAUUCUACGGCGUCGCGGCCGAUGAUUACCGUCAAGCCAACUCUAGCCAAGACGUUGACAUCAACUACAUUACUGGAGGAACGCGAGCCUUUGGACCGGGCCGUGUCAGUUAUUACUUCGGUUGGGAAGGCCCUAGCAUGAGUGUUGACACGGCGUGCUCGGCCAGUGCUGUAGCUAUGCAUCAAGCCAUUACGAGUCUAAGGCGCAAAGAAUGCGACGUCGCCCUGUCAGGAGGCGCAAACUUAUUGACCUGCUCCGAUAUGUUUGCCGGGCUUAGUCGUGCUAGAUUCGUCAAUAAGACAGGGCCUUGUAAGACUUUUGAUGAAACUGCAGAUGGCUACUGCCGGGCGGACGGCUUUGCAAGUGUCGUGUUCAAACGGCUUGACGACGCUAUUCGCGACAAGGACAACAUUCUUGGAGUGAUCCGGUCUGUGGAAACGAACCAUGCAGGCACAGCAAUAUCUCUCACCCACCCUGAAGCCGACACCCAGAUUGCACUGUUCAGAAGCGUUCUCUCUACUGCAGGAAUGACCAUUGACGAUGUUGACCACAUUGAGCUCCAUGGCACUGGGACACAAGCUGGCGACCUGGCGGAGUCAACGUCCGUCGCUGGCUUGCUCAACAAACCACGCCCCAAGCAUCGUCCCCUGACUAUCAGCUCAGUCAAACCUAAUGUCGGGCACUCCGAAGCGGCUUCCGGGGUUACUUCAUUGAUCAAAGGACUGUUGAUGUUGCAGCACCAGACUAUCCCUCGACAUAUUGGCAUCAAGACACGUAUUAACCCUAAGCUCCCCGCGUUCGGAGACUUAGGCGUAGUGGUGCCUCAAGACAAUAUGUAUUAUCCUGCUCUAGCUAAGGAUGGCAAGCGGCGUAUGCUAGUGAACAAUUUCAAUGCUACAGGCGGGAUUACUGCUAUGCUGCUAGAGGAGUACAAUGAGACCGGUACUCCUAGUGCCAUAGAUUCAAGGACACAUCAUCCCAUAACACUCUCAGCUGCUACACCAGAAGCGUUAAGAAACAUCUUGAUGCGGCUCCUGGAUUACAUACAUAACAACCUGGCCGUAAACCUCUCACACCUCUCAUACACACUCACGGCGAGACGGUUACAUCACAAAUAUCGCUUCGCGUGUGUUGUACAAUCAGUAGAUGAGCUGCUCCAGAUGCUUAAGGUAGAGCUUGAAACAACAGGAGCGAAACGGUUAAAGACGCCGCUGAGCGUGUUUGUUUGCACGGGCCAGGCCUCUGCCCUUCCUCGAGCACAGGUCCUUUUUGAAACAAAUGCUACCUUCCGGCGCCACAUAUGCCAUUCAGACCAGCUGUGUCGCAAGAUGGACCUGCCUUCUUUCAUUGAGGUUAUCGCGAACGAAGGCUUACAUUUUGGGUCUGCCCAACUUCAAUUGGCUCUUGUUGCGCUGGAGAUUGCACUGGCAGCCCUAUUCGAAUCCUGGGGAAUUCGUCCUGAGGCUGUCAUAGGCCACAGCCUAGGCGAAUACGCAGCCCUUUGCAUUUGCAACGUACUUAGUCUCGCUGACACCCUCUGGCUCGUGGGAAAACGCGGUCUUCUCCUCGAAUCGGCUUGUAGAAUCAAUGAAUAUACCAUGGCAGUCGUCGCUAUCUCGGCUGAUGAGGCAGCCAAGCUCCUUCAGGUCUUUCCUCAAUGCGAAAUUGCUUGUAGUAAUUCGCCUCAGCAGACAGUCUUUAGUGGCAAAGUCGCAGAUAUCGAUUCACUAAUGUCCCAUCUAGCGUCAGUGAAUGUCAAAGCUACGAAACUGCAAACGUCAUACGGUUACCACUCAAGGCAAAUGGAUAGCAUACUCGAAGACUAUCAAAAAAUAGCUCAGGGUGUUUCGUUCCAGAAGCACACCAUAACGUUCAUCUCCUCACUCCUUGGUGAGGCAGUAGCAGAUGAGAGCAAGCUAUGCGCGGAUUAUCUGUGUCGACAGACUCGGGAGCCUGUCCUGUUCGAAAAAGGUCUCCAUGAAGUUCAGAAAUUGAUAGGGAGCGACCAGAAGGCUUUCUGGAUUGAGCUUGGACCUGCGCCAGCUUGCCUACCCAUGAUUGCUUCCACUCUUCAAGUAGAAUCAACGGCAUUGGCUGCGAUACUCGAUCCAAAGAAAUCGAACUGGGCGACUGUUAGCAGAGUACUAAGCAUGUAUUACGCUGUUAAUGGAUCCGUACGCUGGGAUGAGUACCAUAAGGAGUAUCUCGAUUGUUUACGAUUGCUACAGCUGCCGUCGUACCCUUUUGACCUGAAGCGGUACUGGAUUCAGUACGAUGGCGACUGGAUGAUUCGGAAGAAUCAGAAACUGCUACGCGAUGACGUAUUACCUUCUUCGCGUGCGAAGUUGGAAAGCUCUACUUUGCAUCGCGUCGAAAGCGACUUGACCGAGAGGGGUGUUCGGAAGCUCACUUUUUCCACUGAUCUUGAUGGAGCGGAACUAAAAGACCUCCUACAGCGGUUCAAAAUUGGUGGGGAUAUGUUUGUCCCUAGUUCGAUAUUCGUUGACAUGGCUAUGACUGCUGCUGCUCAUCUUCAUGAGAGGCUAGGCGUCACUUUCAAAGCUAUGGGAGUGCUAGAUCUGGAACUUCCGUUGGGAUGUCCGUCAGGAAACCUAUCUUCACUCAGGACAGUAGCCAUGCAGCUCCUUAAUGAUAGCAACGAGGUCCGAAUUGCUAUCACAAUGUACGAGUGCGACGAGAGAAUAGAGCUUGCGCGAUGCAGGGUACUUGUCAGUGAUGGUGAAGACUGGGAAUCAGAAGCCAACGGCAAUGCGUAUCUAUAUCAUUCCCGAAUGGAUGUGCUUCAGUUCCUCAUGGCCAACGGGCACACAAGCUGUAUAGUGGGAACAGAUAUAAGUCCCUACAUCGCAUACGACCGCGCACUUCCCAGUAUCAAAGAAGUUAUUCUCAGUACCAAAGAUCUCGAGGCUGUUGGAAAGCUUCAUAUCCUACCCGGCGGAGGCGAUUACAAGUGCAACCCGGUGUGGCUCGAAGCUUUGAUACAGCUUGCAACUAUUACGCUCAAUCAUGAGUUCAAAUCCCGACAUGACUGUCACGGCUGGGGUAAGAUGCAGUACCUGAUGCCUUUGGUACCCGGCGACACUUAUAAUGCUCACAUUCGCUUGGAGCCGCGUGGCCUGUCUGGCAAAAAAACUGGCGACAUCCAUGUUAUGAGCUCAUCCGGACACGUGGUAAUUGUAAUCAAGCGUCUGGUUUUCCGCUCAAGCGAAAAGAAUACCAGCACCACGCCCAGUGCGAGACAAACGCAUAGGGCUCACUAUGUGCCUGCCGUGAACCACCCAGAAAGUGUCGGGCAAAGUUCUCUUACGGAGAAUUCGAGACAGACGGCUAUUCUCCUCGAGGAGAAGCAUGGGAAUGAUGGCAUUGAAUCGAACUUCACAGCAGAUUCUCACGGAAUGAGCCCUAAAAGAGGCAUGCCGAACAAGCUCGCCAAUUCCCCACAAGCCUCCUCGAGCGCCGACGAGCAGAAGGAUCCUCGAACCCCAAUUUCAAACGAGGGAUCUAGAGUCGACUUCGAGGCAAUCAUUGCCAUUGUGGCCGCUGAGAUAGGUGUUGACCCGAGAAGCCUUACGGACGAUAUUGCACUACAAGACCUCGGUGUGGAUUCAAUUAUCGAAUUGUCAGUUGUUGCACGUCUUCAGGAGCACUUGUCAGAACCCCUUCCACCAGCCUUCUUGAUGAAAUACAAUACCAUUUCAAAACUCAAAGAAUUCUUCUCCAACUCAGUUGGUUCCAUGUGAAUGACCAGGCGCCAGAAUAGACGUCGGCUGUCUGGGUAGUUGAUCUUGGUCUAGUCAUUGAACCCAAGGCCGGUCGCUCUAUCCUGAUCCCCCAAGCCCUAACAGGGUUCACUCACUCCAUUUCCUUCUUCUUCUCAACUCCG